AUGGACAAUGGUGUUUCUUACCAGAGAUUCCCAAAGGUGAAGAUCCGUGAGCUUAAAGAUGACUACUGCAAGUUCGAGCUUCGUGAGACCGAUGUAUCCAUGGCCAACGCUCUCCGACGCGUUAUGAUCUCUGAGGUCCCAACUGUUGCAAUCGAUCUGGUCGAAAUCGAGGUUAACUCCUCUGUUCUCAACGACGAGUUUAUCGCUCAUCGAUUAGGGCUUAUCCCUCUCACUAGCGAACGAGCUAUGAGCAUGCGAUUCUCUCGCGAUUGUGAUGCUUGUGAUGGAGAUGGACAGUGCGAGUUUUGCUCUGUUGAGUUUCAGCUUAGCGCUAAAUGUGUCACUGACCAAACCCUUGAUGUUACUAGUAGGGAUCUUUACAGUGCUGAUCCUACUGUUACUCCUGUUGAUUUCACCAUUGACUCGUCUGCUUCUGAUUCAAGCGAGCAAAGGGGAAUUAUCAUAGUGAAACUGCGCAGAGGACAAGAAUUGAAGCUUAGGGCGAUAGCGAGGAAAGGAAUUGGAAAAGAUCAUGCAAAAUGGUCUCCUGCGGCUACUGUUACGUUCAUGUACGAGCCUGACAUCAUCAUCAACGAAGACAUGAUGGACACUUUGACAGACGACGAGAAGAUUGAUUUGGUUGAGAGCAGCCCGACAAAGGUUUUUGGAUUUGAUCCUGACACUAGACAGGUUGUGGUGGUUGAUCCGGAAGCGUACACGUACGAUGAAGAAGUGAUCAAGAAAGCAGAAGCCAUGGGGAAAUCUGGGCUCGUUGAGAUCCAUCCGAAAGAUGACAGUUUCAUAUUCACUGUUGAAUCCACAGGAGCAGUGAAGGCUUCACAGCUGGUAUUGAAUGCCAUUGAUAUCCUGAAGCAGAAGCUUGAUGCUGUCCGUCUCUCUGACGAUACCGUUGAAGCAGAUGAUCAGUUUGGUGAACUUGGUGCUCAUAUGCGUGGAGGAUGA